CACAGCAUGCUGCUUACAUGUCAGCAGACUUUUAUGACAAAGAGAAAUUUUUCAUGAGUUACUUUUUGCAUCUCCACCCCCUUAAAGAAAAGAGGAAAAACUGUUUCAUACAGAAGGCGGUAGUUGUAUGAAUGAAAACUCCGCCUCAGUGUGGGUUCAAGUAAGCAAGAGGGACUUCACCUACAUCCAUUCAGUCAGCUCAUGGGGGGUUUAAAGAAAUUCCAGAGAGUCAUCAGGAGAGGAAAAACAAAGGUAAUACCACACAGGUAGAGUCUUUGAAAAUAUGUGUAAUAUGUAAAACACUUUGACACCCCCGUAGUAUUUUUCCAGAAUUAGCAGUAUAAAUUGCUGUCCUGCUCGGGAGCUCCCUAUCACACUCUCCAAUCACUACUCCGGUAACCUUGACUCUACCGCCAUGCACACCAUGCCGCUGCUGUCCUGCCUCGCACUGACACUCGCACUGGUUGCACACGGUGCACCCACCUCCGGCUCUGCAGAGGAGACAAGGCAGCAGCUGGAACAACUGCUGCUGGACUUGCAGAUGCUUUCGAGAGGUGUCAGUAAUCAAGAGAAUUCCACACUUACCAGGAUGCUGAAAUUCAAAUUUUACAUGCCCAUGAAGGCUUCUGACCUGGAGCAUCUUCAGUGCCUAGAGGAAGAACUCAAACCUCUGCAGGAAGUGCUGAAUGUACCUCAAAGCAAAAACUUUCACUUGAAAGAUACCAGGAACUUCAUCAGCAACAUCAACGUGACUGUUCUGAAACUAAAGGGAUCCGCCACGACGUUCACUUGUGAGUACGCCCAGGAGACAGCGAACAUUGUAGAAUUUCUGAACACAUGGAUCACCUUUUGCCAAAGCAUCAUCUCGAAGCUCGCUUGAGAAUUAGGUGCCUCCCGUGUAUAACAUCUAAAUCUAUUUAUUUAAAUAUUUAAAAUUUAUAUUUAUUUUUGAAUGUAUGGUUCACUACCUUUUGUAACUAUUAUUGUUAAUCUUCAGAUUAUAAAUACGGAUCUUUUAAGAUUCUUUUGUAAGCCCUAAGGGCUCUAAAAUGGUGUCAAUUAAAUUAUUUAUCCCAAAGUAUUUAUUAUUAUAUUGAAUUAUUAAAUAUAGGAUCUAUGUAGGUUUGUUAAUAAAGGUAUUUAAUAAAGUUGGUGAA